CUCGCACAGCCUGCUUCUUCUCUCUGCCUGCUCUCAUCCCUCCCAUUCUCUAUUUCCCUCCCCGGCAGGGUGUAAUUGAGUGAAGGCAGGAUCAGGUUCCCCGCCUUCCCGUCCAAAAAUCCCGCCAAGGAAGCCCCAGAGCACAAGAAAAUCCAAAGUGGAGAGAGGGGAAGAAAGAAAGCACUGAGUCAUCCAUCCAGAAGGGGGGAGGUUGCAGCCGCCCAGGCAGGAGCAGCAGCCAGCGAUACCUGGAGUCCGCUGCAGAAACCUCGCCCCGCACUUUGCAACAAAGGCAGCCUGCAAGUCGUCGAGGACAUCUGCAAGCCAAAAAAUGUCGUCCCAGCAAUACCAGCAGCAACGUCGAAAAUUUGCAGCUGCCUUCCUGGCAUUGAUUUUCAUCUUGGCAGCUGUGGACACUGCUGAGGCCGGGAAGAAAGAGAAACCUGAAAAAAAGGUGAAAAAAUCUGACUGUGGAGAAUGGCAGUGGAGUGUGUGUGUGCCCACCAGCGGGGACUGUGGACUGGGCACCCGGGAGGGCACUCGCACCGGCGCCGAGUGCAAACAGACCAUGAAGACUCAGAGAUGUAAGAUCCCUUGCAACUGGAAGAAGCAGUUUGGAGCUGAGUGCAAGUACCAGUUCCAGGCUUGGGGAGAAUGUGACCUCAAUACCGCCUUGAAGACCAGAACUGGCAGUCUGAAGCGAGCUCUGCACAAUGCUGAUUGUCAGAAAACUGUCACUAUCUCCAAGCCCUGUGGCAAACUCACCAAGCCCAAGCCUCAAGCGGAAUCAAAGAAGAAGAAAAAGGAAGGCAAGAAACAGGAGAAGAUGCUGGAUUAAAAGAUGCUACCUUCUGUGGACCAGGAAAAGGACAUCAGCAAACAGGAUCAGUUAAUUAUUACAUUUAUACCUACUGUAGGCUUUUUAUUCAACAGUUAUCUGUAGCUUAAGUACAUAA